UGGAGGAUUGCUAUUCAUCCAGAACUUUUAGCACACUCCCGUUUUAUAAAUGCUUCUACGAAGCUCAGUCGGGUCUCUGCACUUCUUUUGAGAGAGGACGACAAACUCGCCUAAUAACUUAAGGUGUCCCGAUAACGUCAGCAAUUGCACUUUGGGAACUCUAGCCCAAAAUUAAAAAAAAUUGCAGGCUGUAACAAAGAAGAGUGAGAAUCCUGCUUUAGCAUUGUUCCAUACAGGUUGAAGAUGUGGGGCUUUAUUAUAGUAGCAUGUUUGUGCCAAGGAAUUUACAGUUCAGAAGAAUUCAAAGCUUCAGAAAAACCUGUGACUGCAGAUACAGUGGAUCCUGAGUGUUUUAUGAAUGUUAGUGAGAUUAUCCAUUAUCAUGGAUACCCAAGUGAGGAACAUCAUGUUGCGACAAAAGAUGGAUAUAUACUUACAGUCUACAGAAUACCUUGUGGAAGAUACUGUGAUGCAGACAAAGGUCCACGACCCAGUGUGUUUUUGCAACAUGCUUUGAUUGGAGAUGCUACCCACUGGAUUUCGAACUUGCCCAGCAACAGUUUGGGUUUCAUAUUGGCAGACGCUGGGUAUGAUGUUUGGCUUGGAAACAGCAGAGGAAAUCCUUGGUCUUCAAAUCAUAAAACAAUGAGAAGAAAUGAGAAGAAAUUCUGGGAGUUUAGUUUUCAUGAGAUGGGAUACUAUGACCUUCCAGCUGUUAUACACUUCAUUCUGAAUAAAACUGGGCAGGAACAACUAUAUUACAUAGGCCAUUCGGAAGGCUCCACAAGUGGUUUCAUAGGAUUCUCUACUUGGCCAAAACUGGCUGAAAGAAUCAAAGUAUUUUUUGCUUUGGCACCUGUAGCCACAGUGACAUUUUGCACAUCCCCAAUCACAAAACUAGCACGUGUUCCUGAGAUGAUUUUCCACGCAAUAUUUGGCCAGAAAGAUAUUUUUCAUUACUCUAUGCAUUGGAAAAAGGCAGUCACUAGGAUUUGCACUUAUCAGCCUAAAUUUUGUGCCAAUGUUAUUUCCUAUGUGGCUGGAUAUAACAUCCCCAAUUUAAACCUGAGCCGAAUGGACAUGUAUGCAUCCCAUUCUCCUGCUGGAACAUCUGUGCAAAACGUGUUGCAUUGGAAACAGGUGCAUCUGAGAAAACAGUUUGAAGGAUUUGACCAUGGUUCAGAGGAAAAGAAUAUGGAGAAGUACAAUCAGACAACACCUCCUGUAUACAGGAUAGAAGAUAUACAAAUACCAAUCGCAAUAUGGACUGGAGGGCAAGACUUGUUUGCACGCCCAGAUGAUAUAAAACUAUUACGCCCACGGAUUACUAACCUCAUUUAUGAAAAGCAUAUUCCCGAAUGGAACCACCUAGAUUUUAUCUGGGGAAUUGAUGCAACUGAGCGCAUGUUUAUGGAGAUCAUAGAGAUAAUGAAUAAGUAUCCAUAGUGCUCGUCACUGAUAUUCGGAAGUCUUAGUGAAGGAGGACAUGUACACAGAGAUCAUGGAUAAAGCAAUUAGAACUGCUGUAAUUGAGUUGACAAUUGAGGUGGGGCUAAAAUAUUCAUAUUCUUGUUCAGGGGAUAUCUAUAAUCUUUGAUGCAACUAUACAUAGAAAUAACUGAGAUGAUGAAGAAGAAAAAUCUAUAUACUACACUCAAUACUACCUUGGAAAUGAAGAAAUCAAUCCCUCUUUUGCAACCUCUUUUCUU